AUGGCAGACGAAGACCUCUCUCUAUCCACUCCUCCGUCGUCGUCGGUUCCCAGCCCCUCGGCCCAUUUUUAUCCAUUUGCGACGUCCCCGGACAUCAUUCGUUCCCAUGAAAAAGAUGUCUUUCUUACGUCGAGUCUGGUGUAUCAGGCUCAAUCCAUAGCUCGAUCCCUCCGCGGAGCCCGAUUCGCUCACACCUACUCGGAUACCAUAAAGAACCUCACCGAGAUCCUCUACUUUUCCUUAACAACAUUGAUCGGUAACCGGACGUUGGGAGAGGAAUACUGUGAUCUUGUUCAGCUGGAGGACGACACUCUCAGACUCCCAUCUAUCGUGCGGCGUGCUGGGUACGUCUUGAGUAGUAUCUUAUCUCCAUGGAUUCUGCAGAAAACCCUCCCCGUCCUUCGUCAAAAACUGCGUGCCAAGUUAGAGCGUAGUAUCGCUCGACAACAACUCAAGGCUCAGCAAACUCGGGAAGCAUUGAGCAACUCGAAGAGCAAUUCCUCGAAGAAAGCGGGCUUUUUUACAAAGCUGCGCAUUCAGAAAUAUAUUCUUGAGCAUCUUGACUCCAUCACGUCACUUUCUCCCAUCUAUGCUCUCAGUAUCGCGACCUUCUAUUUCACCGGGUCAUACUACCAUCUGUCGAAGCGCUUCUGGGGUCUCCGCUACGUGUUUACGAAGAAGCUCGAAGAAAACGAACAACGGGUUGGAUAUGAAGUGCUAGGUGUGCUACUAGUCUUGCAGAUCGCCGUGCAGAGUGUUCUGCAUAUCCAAAAGGUCGGGGUCAGUCUGCAGCAAGAAGAAAGUGUCGAAUUGGGGUCAGGCGAUUCGAAUCGGCAGGACAAGUCUUUACUCCAGUCAAUCGAAAAUCCUUCUUCACUCCCGCAUCUACCAGCUGAUGACGCCCGGUAUGAUCUAGGGGAGGACCCCAACGCCAUUCCCUGGAUACCCUCGGGUCAGCAGCGCAAAUGCACGCUUUGUCUAGAAUCCUUCAAGGAUCCAAGCGUUACAACAUGUGGCCAUGUCUUCUGUUGGACAUGCGUCCGAGACUGGGUGCGCGAGAAGCCCGAGUGUCCCCUUUGCCGGCAAGAGGUUCUCCUAUCGAAAGUACUGCCCUUGAGAGGGUAG